AUGCCUCUCACACCCGCCCUCACUCAUUCCUACCCGGCCCCAUGCCUCUCACACCCGCCCUCACUCAUUCCUACCCGGCCCAUGCCUCUCACACCGCCCUCACUCAUUCCUACCCGGCCCCAUGCCUCUCACACCCGCCCUCACUCAUUCCUUUCUGGCCCCAUGCCUCUCACACCCGCCCUCAUUCAUUCCUACCCGGCCCAUGCCUCUCACACCUGCCCUCACUCAUUCUUUUCCGGCCCCAUGCCUCUCACACCUGCCCUCACUCAUUCCUUUCCGGCCCCAUGCCUCUCACACCCGCCCUCACUCAUUCCUACCCGGCCCAUGCCUCUCACACCCGCCCUCACUCAUUCCUACCCGGCCCAUGCCUCUCACACCCGCCCUCAUUCAUUCCUACCCGGCCCCAUGCCUCUCACACCCGCCCUCACUCAUUCCUACCCGGCCCAUGCCUCUCACACCUGCCCUCAUUCAUUCCUACCCGGCCCCAUGCCUCUCACACCCGCCCUCACUCAUUCCUUUCUGGCCCCAUGCCUCUCACACCCGCCCUCACUCAUUCCUACCCGGCCCCAUGCCUCUCACACCUGCCCUCACUCAUUCCUUUCCGGCCCCGUGCCUCUCACACCCGCCUCACUCAUUCCUACCCGGCCCAUGCCUCUCACACCCGCCCUCACAAUCAUUCCUACCCGGCCCAUGCCUCUCACACCCGCCCUCACUCAUUCCUUUCUGGCCCCAUGCCUCUCACACCCGCCCUCACUCAUUCAUACCCGGCCCCAUGCCUCUAACUCAUUCCUUUCCGGCCCCAUGCCUCUCACACCCGCCCUCACUCAUUUCUACCCGGCCCAUACCUCUCACACCCGCCCGCAUUCAUUUCUACCCGGCCCCAUGCCUCUCACACCCGCCCUCACUCAUUCCUUUCUGGCCCCAUACCUCUCACACCCGCCCUCACUCAUUCCUACCCGGCCCCAUGCCUCUCACACCUGCCCUCACUCAUUCCUUUCCGGCCCCGUGCCUCUCACACCCGCCCUCACGAUCAUUCCUACCCGGCCCAUGCCUCUCACACCCGCCCUCACUCAUUCCUUUCUGGCCCCAUGCCUCUCACACCUGCCCUCACUCAUUCCUUUCCGGCCCCGUGCCUCUCACUCAUUCCUACCCGGCCCAUGCCUCUUACACCCGCCCUCACGAUCAUUCCUUUCCGGCCCCGUACCUCUCACACCCGCCUUACUCAUUCCUACCCGGCCCCAUGCCUCUCACUCAUUCCUACCUGGCCAUGCAAUAUGCCUCUCACACCCGCCCUCACUCAUUCCUACCUGGCCCAUAUGCCCCCCACACCCGCCCUCACUCGUUCCUACCCGGCCCAUGCCUCUCACACCCGCCCUCACUCAUUCCUACCCGGCCCAUGCCUCUCACACCCGCCCUCACUCAUUCCUGCCCGGCCCCAUGCCUCUCACACAUGGCCUCACUCAUUCCUCACAUCCUGUGAGAUGGGAAUAUUAA